CCCCUUCCGUUCCACUGCUUCCGCCUUGGCUCCCACCUGCCUGCUCGACCUCGUCCACUUCCCGCACAAGUAGCGCCCUUCCUUCCCUCCUUUCAUCAAUACCUUGAUUGAGGCAGUAGGAUGUCCAAAGCAACAGCAGCGGGAGGUGCCGGUGUAGGCCCUUCGCGGAGGACCUGGGAUGUAGAGGAGUAUACUUCCAAGGCGCGGGAGAAGGAUCGAGAGGACAAGGAACGGGCGCAGCAGAAUGAAGAGAGGAUACGCAAAGGCCAAAAGCCCCUCCCCCGGACCAGCAAGCUCGACUCUCUUCCCCAACCCACCUCUCACCUCCAACCGCGCUCCCAACCCCUCGACCUAGACAAAGACGUCGGCAAGACUCUCCUCGUGGAUAACUCGGGAGAUUCUCGUCGUGGUGCAGGGUACUACUGUGAAGUCUGUAGGAAGACGUGCAAGGAUAGUAUUGGGUAUUUGGACCAUAUCAAUGGAAGGGACCACUUGCGUCGACUCGGUCAAACAACACACGUCGCUCGGUCCACCGUCGAGCAAGUCCGCGCCCGUAUCCAACUGCUCCGCUCUCAAACCUCCUCCUCUUCCUCUUCCAAUUCAGCAAAGGAGUAUGACUUCCUAGAGAGGGUCAAGGCGAUUGCGGAUGCUGAGAGGGAGAAGAAGGAGGAGCGCAAGAGACGGAAGAAGGAAGAGAGGGAACGGAAGGAGAGGGAGAGGGAAGAGGAGAGGAGGAAAGAGAUGGGUGGUGGAGGGGUUGAGGAUGAGGCGAUGAUGAGUAUGAUGGGAUUUGGUGGGUUCGGGAGUAGUAAGAAGUGAAGGGGGGGAGCGAGGGAGAGUUCUGCCAUCAAGGCAUCGCUGCGAGUGGACACGGACGGCUAAUGUACAUUAUACAACACGAGAGGUCAGCACUCAGCACAAACUGAUACCACGCAUUUGGAGACAGCGACAAGGAUCUGACGGGACGGGGUGAAGAUGUUGCUCGUUGUGAUGUCCAUUACAAUUGUGGAUUGCAAACUAUCUCCUGUUUGUUACGUUUUAAAUGCCGCCUCUUAACACCUUUCUAGCCAAAUCUACUCGCUCUCCAUCUAACCCCCUGUCUCUUCCCCAACGCACGCCUCCAUCUACCUCCCCGACCCAUCCUCAAUCAUAUCCUUUGCCUCAACCAGCCUCAAAAGGUUCCUCUGCAGCAUCGUGCACGUCAUCUUUCCCACCGCAGGAAGGUAAACAGCCGCCCGUCUUCUUACGUCCUUUUCAAAG